GGGUGAAGGCCAGAGGGGUUGCCUCCAUGUUUGGCCGCCAUUCAGCGAGUAUCUUCUGAGGCUGACUGGGGAUGCAGCGUUGCUGGGGACAUGGAGAUGGGUCAGACCCAGGUCCUGCCUUCCUGGAGUCUCCAGGCCCUGAGCAUUCCUCUGACUCUGAAUACACUCUCUCAGAGCCAGACUCCGAAGAGGAAGAAGAUGAGGAGGAGGAGGAGGAGGAGGCCACUGACGAUCCUGAAUAUGACCCUGGCUACAAGGUGAAGCAACGCCUGGGGGGGGGCCGGGGGGGCCCGUCCCGCCGGGCCCCCCGUGCAGCCCAGCCCCCGGGCCCCCCAGCCCAGCCCUGCCAGCUCUGUGGCCGCUCACCCCUUGGGGAGGCCCCACCAGGCACCCCACCUUGCCGGCUCUGCUGCCCUGCUACAGCCCCCCGGGAAGCUCCAGCCCCUGAAGGCAGGGCCCUCGGGGAGGAAGAGGAGGAGCCGCCUCGGGCUGGGGAGGGUCGACCAGCUGGGAGGGAGGAGGAGGAGGAGGAGGAGGAGGAGGAGGAGGGCACCUAUCACUGUACGGAGUGUGAGGAUUCCUUCGACGACCUCGGGGAGCUGCACGGGCACUUCAUGCUGCAUGCCCGGGGCGAGGUGUAGGCAGAGCCCCCCACCCAGGGAGCUUGGCUAAAGGGGUGGGGUGGGAGGAGGGGGCUGAGGAAAUUGGGGUGGUCGCAGUGGUCAUGUGGGACGGGGUACCGCCGAUCUGUGUCGUCUUAGCAGUAGAUGUGUGAAGGCCAGAAUAAAAGCCAAAUUCUGUGUGUGUCGGUCCAGCGUGUUUGGUGUGUGUGCGUGCAUGCAUGUGUGUAAACGCUUGAGUGUGCGAGGC